UUAGGCAUAUUGUAAAGGUGGGCUGAAUGUUUCAGCAUUCAGUUGUAUUUUGAGGGAGGAGUUCGCCGUCCAGUAAACCAGGAAGUCUUAAAACAAGCUCGAGACCCUGAGGAAUGAGUUAGCCGUCAAUCAUGAAAAAGAGAAGGUCCUGUGUCCUCAAUGCUGUAAAACCCUGUAAAACUCCCAGGACAGAGGGAAAAACGUGUGUUCAGGAUGAGGAAGGGGUUGAUGAAGAGGAGGAAGCCCAGCAAGACCACCAGCUCUCUUCUUCGAGUGUCGGGGAUAUAGGUGUCAUAGAAAACAUUACUUUGAAGAACUUCAUGAGUCACCAUUUGCUUGGGCCGUUCAGUUUCGGUCCAAAUGUCAAUUUCAUUGUUGGGAACAAUGGAAGUGGGAAAAGUGCCAUUCUGACAGCUCUUAUAGUGGGUCUUGGUGGAAAAGCAACCACAACCAACAGAGGAGCAUCUUUUAAAGACUUUGUAAAAUAUGGAGAGAGCGCUGCAGAUGUUCAAGUAAAACUAAAGAACAGAGGGAAGGAGGCCUAUAAGAUUGAGACUUACGGAGACAGCAUCUGUAUCGAGCAUCAUAUCACGAGUGAUGGCUGCAGGACUUGUAAGAUAAAGAAUAAAUCAGGGCUGGUUGUCUCCACAAAGAAGGAGGAGUUAACUGCUAUACUGGACCAUUUUAACAUCCAGGUUGACAAUCCAGUGUCAAUCCUUAACCAGGAAAUGAGUAAACAAUUCCUGCAUUCAAAAAACGAGACGGACAAAUACAAGUUUUUCAUGAAAGCCACUCUUCUGGAGCAGAUGAAAAGGGACUACAUUCAUAUAAAACAGACCAAAGCUGUGACUCGUGAUCAGGUGGAAAGACAGGAGGAGUGUCUAAAAGACCUCAGGCAGUUGUUCUUGCAAAAGAAAGAAAGGUACGAGUCUUUGUCAUCCUUUGACGACAUGAGACGGACCCUGGAGGACCUGAAACAAAAGAUGGCGUGGUGCUUGGUGGGAGAGAUGGAAUGUCGAGUCGAACAGCUCAAGGAACAAAUCGAACAAGAAGAAUCUCAUUGCAAACAUGAAGAAAAGUUGGAGCUCUGUCAGAACAAAGUUGUCGCUUCUGAAAAGAAAUUGCAGGAAAUCCAACAGAAGAUUUGUAGAGCUACAGAAGAGCUGGAUGGUUCGACAGAAGAGAGUCGAACGUUAAAGGAAGAAAUGAAAGUAAAAUCUAAAGCACAGAACAAUCAGGAGGUGAUUUACUUCAGUGCUGAGAAUAAAUUAAAGCAAUUAGAGAAGGAGCAAUGUCUGGUCCGGGAGAGAAUUCUCAAAAUAAAUCACAGCAGUGGAAGAAGUCAUGAGGCGGAGCAAACGCAGCGUCUGAAGAAAAUAUCUGCGCUCAGAAAGCAGCUGGAGGAGCUUGAGGCCGAGUCCAGCUUGCUAAAUCAAGAGAUUAAAGACAAACAGCAAGCUCUUCUCAAAGGAAGAGAGGAAUAUGACAAACUGAGCAUGGAGGAGAAGGACAUCCAGGUGUGUCUGGAGUCCAAAGUGAAGAGAAAGAAACAGCUCACUGCCAGCAGGUCCAACAGACUGAGACGAUUCGGUGACCACAUGCCCGAGCUGUUGGAAUCUAUUGACAGAGCUUUCGCUCAGGGGCGAUUCGUCAAGAAACCAGUGGGACCUAUAGGUGCAUGCAUCAGUCUGAAGGAUCCCAGUUUAGUCGUAGCUGUUGAGAGCUGCUUACGAAGUUUCAUGAAGACCUUUUGCUGUGACAAUUACAAGGACGAAAAGGUUCUGCAGGAACUGAUGUCCCCGUAUUUCCCCAAAGGCAGUAGACCUCAGAUAAUUGUGUGCACGUUUACAGACCGCGUUCACAAACUUCAAGGCCGGGGAGUCCGUCAUCCCGAGUUUCCUUCCGUCCUGGAUGCCCUCAAUAUCGAGAACCCAGUGGUCACAAACUGCCUGAUUGAUAUGAGAAGCAUUGAGUGUAUUCUGAUCGUCAAAGAAAAAGCUCGUGCAAGGAAAGUCAUGCAGGGCUCAGGACCGCCGAGAAAUUGUCGUGAGGCCUUCACCGCCGAUGGCGAUCAGGUGUACAGCCAUCGCUAUUACACUCCUGAAAAUGAAGUUCUGGUCAAGUAUCUCGGUGGGGAUCCCGAGGCGGAAAUCCGGGCGGUGGAGUCGGAGGUGGAGAAUAAUAAGGCUCAGCUCUCUAGAUUUCAGCUUCACUUGAGUUCAGUACAGGAAGACAUUCAGUUGAUGGAGGAGAGGCUGCGUAGUGUCGUCAUGGCCUGCAAAAAGAACCAGGAAAAUAUAAACAAGGUUAAAGCUUCAAUAUCAGAAGUGGAGAACAUCGAAGAACCUCAGACUGAGGACAUCAGCUCUCUGGAGGAAGAGGCACAAGAGAACGAGCAGAAGAUCGAAUCGCAGAGGAGAAAUGUGACGGAAGCACAGACAGAAUUAAAGAGACACGAGCGAUUGCUCGUGAACAUUAAUCAGCAAUAUAAAGGUGUGAAAAAUAAAAUGGAACAUCUGUCCGAUGAGAUAGAACAGCUAAAGGAGGAGCAGGUGAAAGCCGACGGCGAGGAGAGUAAACUGGAUCAAACCAUGCAGAUCUUAACGAAAAGACUAAAGAGCCACCAGGACAAUAUCCAGGCGAUGAGAGCUGAACUGUCUCUCAAAGAGGAAGAAACUCGGACGUUACAAACCAAAGCCAAAGAAAUCUGCUCUGAGCGUCAGAAGAUAAAUCGGAGUGCGAAAAGCAUCGAUGCUGAGAUUACACGGCUGCGACAGAAGAUCAGCACUCAUGAAAGGCAUCACGGCGACAAGGAACAGGUCGUUCGGGAGUACGCAGAGGCUCACAGUAAUUACAAAAGCAAAUCCAACCAGCUGAGGGAUCUGAAGAAGUUUAUUGAUCGUCUGGACAACAUCAUGACCGACCGACAGGCUCGAUACAAGAUAUUGAGAUGAUCACUUUCUGUGAGAUGUAAGUUGUAUUUCAACAACUUCAUGAUAAAGUUGCAGUGUUGUGGCUCCAUGAUGUUUGACCACAACAAUGAAACGCUGUCCAUUUCGGUGAAGCCUCCGGGACGGGAAAAUGACAGCGUGAGCGACAUGCGGUCUCUUUCAGGAGGAGAGCGCUCCUUCUCCACCGUCUGCUUCCUUCUGUCUCUCUGGGAGAUCACAGAGUCGCCCUUCAGGUGUCUGGACGAAUUCGACGUCUAUAUGGACAUGCAUAAUCGACGCAUCUCAAUGGACCUGCUCCUGGAGCUCUCCGAACGUCAGCAGCUCAGACAGUUUGUCUUCAUCACGCCUCAGAGCACCAGCAAUCUGCCUAGAAGUGCCCAUAUCAAAAUCCACCAACUUCAGGAUCCAGAAAGAGGCAUAGAGGAGGAGAAUGGGCAUUAGGUACAGAGAGACUGUCCUGAGAAAUGUGCUGCCCUUGUAUUUGUUUUAUUUAUGUUUUAUUUAUAUGGAAGUUUUAUGGUUUUUGUUCAUAGCAUUUCUGUGCAAAACAUGUGCCUUUUGUUUUAUGUCUGUGUGAGUCUUAUGCACGUUACUGUUUCUGCGAACCAUUCUCUGUUGAUCUCUUCCUUUGGGAAAAACAGAAAGCGGUUGUGUUCUUAACUGUCAACACCUGUUCAUGAGUUAAUAUAUUUGUCAGUUGAUACCUGCAUCCUUUGUGUAAACCACAAUGCUGAGUUAAAGUAACUGUUCCGUUUGUAUCCUCUCGUCUCUUGAUUUGUGGUCACUCGCACACAUCUGAGCACCUGCGUUCUGAAAACAACCCCAUGGAGAGUUUAUUGAUUUUAAUCACAAUGUUUUCAGUGCAACUGGUACAUACGGAGAUAAAACAUGCCACAUAUAAAACACAAACCUCAUAUUACACCAUUAAAUGACUGCUUAAAUUUUGCUUGACCGUAUUAGGUACAAAUAUUUACAGGGCAAAGAUGUACACUAUAUAUUGGGGAUUUGCAUUUUACAAAGAUGAGCCUAUUCCUGUGUUGCGCAGGGCAUUUCUUGCCAUUUCUCAGGCCAGCGAAAGAUCUGGGACACUGUGUUUUCAAACUCCUGGGUAAACGGAAAAUAUGGAGGAUACUGGGAAUAAAUUAAAGAGGGUAGAGCUAUGUUUAGCUCGGACUAUUCACGGGUUCGUGGUGGCGCUCUUUCGAGGGAUGCGGCGAAGUUA